CAACUGCCAGCAGUACCGCCAAAUCCCUGAUCUUCUACAAAUUUUAUCGCCCCCAAUUUUCUCUCUUCAAUCGCCCGAGCCCUAACCCUAAUUCUGGUCCUGUAAUUUUCCAUCAUUUAUCAUUCAUCGUUUCUUCUGAUUUGAAAAUUUUCCGGUGAUCCCACGUUCUUUUGUAAUUGUUUGAGAAAUGGUAUCCCCUGAAAAUCCAAAUUGGUUGUUUGAUUAUAGUUUGAUCGACGACAUCCCUGUACCGGAUGCGAAUUUUCCGGUCAUGAGUUCAAGCUUCUCCUGGGCUGUUCAGCCCUUUAAUGGCUCCCCUGAUGCCGGUGUGGAAAUUGAUGGAUCAUUGGCAGAUUUGGAUGGUCGUCUAGAAUCUGGCUCAAAGAAGAGGGUGAGAUCUGAAUCAUGUAGUGCAUCAAGCUCCAAAGCAUGUAGGGAGAAAUUGCGGAGGGAUAGGCUCAAUGACAAGUUUUUGGAACUAGGUUCAAUUUUGGAUCCUGGAAGACUACCCAAAACUGACAAGGCAGCGAUUUUAGUUGACGCUGUUCGAAUGGUGAAUCAGUUACGUAGUGAGGCUCGGAAACUGAAGGAAUCAAAUUCAAGUCUCCAGGAGAAGGUUAAAGAGUUGAAGGCCGAGAAGAAUGAGCUUCACGGCGGGAGGCAGAAGCUCAAGGCAGAUAAGGAGCAGCUAGAGCAGCAAGUAAAGUCCAUGCCUGCUCAACCUGGCUUCUUACCUCCUCCACCAAUCCCCACAUUUGCUUCUCAGGGUCAAGCUCCUGGCAAUAAGCUAGUUCUUUUCGUUGGUUACCACCCAGGUGUUGCCAUGUGGCAGUUCAUGCUACCUGCUGCAGUAGACACGUCACAGGACCACGUGCUCCGGCCACCUGUCGCCUAACUCGGUGGCAACUAAGGUUUGCCUGAGAAAAAUCAUUGGCAGCAUCUGGUUGCUUGACUAAUAUACUAGUAUUUCUUUAGUUAGUAGGGCUGUCAAUUGAUUUUGGGGUUGGCUAUCUUAUUUGUCAUUGGACACUUGAGAACUCAAAGCCGUUUUGAGUUCUACAAUUGUAAAUGUAUACAAAGAAUUGAUCAUAAAAAGUAGAUUAUAAAGCAAAAGAAAAUGGUGUUUAUAAG